AUGGUGCGCUCCAAAACGGUUCGCGCAGCGACAACAGCGAGCCUUCCAAACAAUUUGCGCAUCCCCUCAACAACUUCCUCUCUUAUAAAAGCCCUGGGAAGACUGUCGCGACAAGAGCUACUGGAUUUAGCCCUUCUCUGGCUAGAUGAUCGAAAUCUGAGCUCUUUCCCUCCAUAUCUCCAGCCGGCCGCCGACAAGGGCUUUGAUGAUGAGGAGACCUUGCCCUAUCCCGCGGCCGAAACAGUUGAAGAAGCCCGCCAAACAUACGAAGAUCUUCAAGCCCGCAGGGGUGGGAAACGGGAAGUUCUCGAGCGUAUUUUGGAAGGGGAUUGGCGCCACGGUAUCACCCUGCGCCAGCUCGCAAUGGCCGACUUGCGCUAUAUGGACGACCAUCCCGCAAGCCUGCGAUGGACGGCUCUGGAGCUGAGUCGCAUUGGGGUGCAGGUUAAGCAUUCCCGGACAGCUCCUGUAGCUGGCGACUGGUCUAGCAGCAUUCCACGCAUGCAAGCAGCAACCUUCGUCAAGGCGCUCCAACAAGAAAUUUCCCCGCUGGUGAAGGCUCACUACCACCUCGCGCGCUCGACUACCUUCCCUCUCACCUUCCUCCGCAUCUUCAUCAUCGACUCGCCAUACCAAUCGCCCCGGCAAACGCCUGAAAUCUUUGCCGACUCGUCGCGUGUGAUCUAUGUCGCUUUCCCUGAUAGCUGCCCCUUCAUCUAUACCUCUAUAUCCGCAUCAACCGGCACGAAGGCAGCCGCUGCGUCAACAAGCUCAAUCGCCACGGACCCUCGAAGUCUGCAGCGCUUAGUGCGCGAUGCUAUUCCCAAAGCCUUUUCUCGUCCACAAGAGCGAUAUACCCUAAAAGCCACCGCGUUGGCCGCGAAGAAUCUGCCUACUCUACUAGCGCUCCGUGGGCCGGGCCGAAAUACAGGAGCAAAUGGAGCUUUCAGUAUAUUCGCCGAUUCUGCCAUCGAAGGUAGCCCGCUGGACCCACGCCCGUCAAACACGGUUCCCGUCGAGGAACAUAUGCGUAGUGGGCACAGGUCCUUGGCAACGGACGACAAGGAGAAUAUCCGCGACGCAGAUGAUCUCCCGCAAGCAUCAAGCGCUACAUCAAAAAGAAAGUCCCAGGGUCAAGAUACAAGACCACUUUCUCCGGGGUCUAAAAAGCGGCGGCUUGCUGUCCAGACCCGCUUUGGAACAGCCGGUUCCUCGUUAGCCCCUGCGCCUCUCGAUCGUCUCGAUAUUCGGCUUCUUGACAUGCCUGUCGCCGACAAGUCCGCUGAUUCCGCAGAGCAGCCCUCUGGCACCUCACCGGCAAUCUCACUUACUUUCAGCGGAUCAGAUGUUAUAGGGGGGAUUCGCAAACUCGCCGAGUUGGGAGUAAUUGACCCGGAGCGGAUGCCAACCUGGAUGACAGGAGAGGAGGCCGUCAGUACGGCUGUUGUUCAGGGAGGGAAACGGGUGAGGAAUGCUAUAUGA